CACAAAGAAUACAAAAAAGGAAGGGCCUGUGCCAACACCAAGUGUCUGAUCAUUGGAGCUGGACCAUGUGGUUUACGAACAGCCAUAGAGCUGGGCUUCCUUGGAGCCAAGGUGGUUUUGCUGGAGAAGAGGGACGCAUUCUCCCGAAAUAAUGUGCUCCAUCUUUGGCCUUUCACCAUUCACGAUCUGAGGGGUCUUGGAGCCAAGAAGUUUUACGGCAAGUUUUGUGCUGGAGCCAUCGACCAUAUCAGUAUUCGCCAGUUGCAGCUGAUGCUUUUGAAGGUAGCUCUUCUCCUUGGCAUCGAGAUUCACGUCAAUGUGGAGUUCAAAGGCCUCAUUGAGCCACAAGAAGACCAGGAGAAUGAGAGAAUUGGGUGGAGAGCCGAGGUCCACCCCAGAACACAUCCAGUCAAUGAGCUAGAGUUUGAUGUCAUAAUUGGGGCAGAUGGGAGGAGAAAUACACUGUCAGGUUUUAAGAGGAAGGAGUUCAGGGGCAAACUGGCUAUCGCUAUCACAGCUAACUUCAUUAACCGCAACACGACUGCAGAAGCGAAGGUGGAGGAGAUCAGUGGAGUAGCCUUCAUCUUCAACCAGAAGUUUUUCCAGGACCUUAGAGAAGCCACAGGAAUUGACCUGGAAAACAUUGUCUAUUAUAAGGAUGACACACACUACUUUGUAAUGACUGCCAAAAAGCAGAGCCUGCUGGAGAAGGGCGUCAUUCUACAUGACUAUGCUGACACAGAAAUGCUGCUCUCCAGGGCCAAUGUUGACCAGAAGGCUCUGCUGUCCUACGCCAGAGAAGCAGCAGAUUUCUCUACCAAUCAUCAGCUUCCUAAGCUGGACUUUGCCAUCAACCAUUACGGCCAACCUGAUGUGGCCAUGUUUGACUUCACCUGUAUGUACGCCUCAGAGAACGCAGCGCUCGUCCGCCAGCGCAACGCCCAUAAGCUGCUAGUAGCCCUAGUGGGGGACAGUCUUCUAGAGCCGUUCUGGCCGAUGGGCACUGGAAUAGCAAGAGGUUUUUUGGCAGCCAUGGAUGCAGCAUGGAUGGUGCGGAGUUGGGCUCAUGGAAGCUCCCCUUUGGAAGUGCUGGCUGAACGGGAAAGUAUCUAUCGACUGCUGCCUCAGACAACACCAGAGAAUGUGAGCAAGAACUUUAGUCAGUACAGCGUGAACCCGACGACACGGUACCCCAACAUCAGCCUUCACCAAGUGAGACCCAACCAGGUACGGCAUCUGUUAGACACCGGAGAAGCCAGGGAUUUGCGUGUCGACAUGGAGAAUGUGGUCAACUCUUCAUCUCCUAAACUCACAAGAAAUGAAUCCAUUGUGCGCUCCAGUAAGCUGCUGAACUGGUGUCAAAGGCAGACGGAGAGAUACAGAGGUGUCAGCGUGUCUGAUCUCACCACGUGCUGGAAGAGCGGCCUGGCCCUGUGUGCGCUCAUCCACUGUUACAGACCAGACCUCAUUGACUUUGACUCGCUGGAUGAGAAAGAUGUGGAGAAGAACAACCAGUUGGCUUUUGACGUGGCCGAAAAAGAGUUUGGGAUUUCUCCCAUCAUGACCGGGAAGGAGAUGUCUGUUGUGGUGGAGCCUGACAAGCUCUCCAUGGUGAUGUACCUCAGCCAGUUCUAUGAGAUGUUCAAGGACACUGUGCCACCUGGUGAAAACCACAAUCUGAGCCCACGCAGUGAUAAAAAAGAAAAGGAACUGGAUGUACUGGGAAAAAGACGAAAGACCAGCCAGGCUGGACAGUCAGAGGAUGAAGAGCUGCAGAGGGUUAAUCGAGACGACAGGCCCUCUAUAGCUACAGCUCUGGCAGAACGUAAAAAUGACUCGGCUGCUGCAGUGAACAACAACAAUAAAGUGAAGGUGAUGGCCACACAGCUGCUAGCGAAGUUUGAGGAGAACGCCCCGACGCAGUCCACCGGACUCAAGCGACAGGGGGACUCCAUGCCCGAUCUGGGGCUCAUACUGACCCCCUCUCCGGCCGCUCCCUCUCUGAAAGAGUCAGUGCGGCUGGCUCCAGUCCCUGCAUGGAGGAAGAGGCGCACACAGUUACAGGAGCAGAUGAGUUUUCGCUAUAAGGAAAGACUGAAGUGUCAAACUCUCCCCAUCAAACAGGAGCAGGCCAGCAGCGGGACUGAGGUUUUGAGGAGCUGCCCUAAGAAAACCAUUCUCCUUUCUUCUUCCUCACCCUCAUCUUCCUCAUUCUCUUCAUCGUUUCUUCCACAUGCACAGGGUUCCUUGCGGAAGGAGUUCCCUCAGAAUAUCGGAGGCAGUGAUGUGUGUUUUUUCUGUCGGAAGCGCGUCUACGUGAUGGAGCGUCUCAGCGCAGAGGGAAAGUUUUUCCAUCGCAGCUGCUUCAAGUGCGACUACUGCGGCACCACCCUCCGCCUGUCCUCCUACGCCUUCGAUGUUGAGGACGGGAAGUUUUACUGUAAACCACACUACUGCUACCGACUUUCUGGUCUGGCACAGAGAAAGCGGCCUGCGCCUGCUGCUCCCGCUCCAGUAAAUGCAAAGGAGCCCCAGAUGUUGGCGGUAACCCCCAACACAGUGGAUGCCCCAGGCCAAGCCAUAACUUCUCAGGCCCCUGUGGAACGCCGGCCCUCAGUGACAGAGGUGAACGGGGUGACAGAGCCCAGCGUGGCCAAACGUCUUAAAGGGACUCCUGAAAGGAUCGAGCUGGAGAACUACCGUCUCUCUAUGAUGAGAGAGGAGGAGCUGCAGGAGGUGCCCGAGGAGACGCUGGCCGAGCACAACCUCAGCAGUGUGCUGGACAAAGCCACCGACAUUGAGGAGGGAUCCAGCAGCUCAGAGUCUGAUAUGGAGGAAGAGGAUGAAGAACCGGAAGCGGCCGGCCCGUCCGAUCUGGGUGGGGUUCCCUGGAAAGAGGCGGUGGAGCUCCACGCUAAACUAAAAGGAGAAAGCGACCCUGGCGCAGCAGAAGACGACGAUGGCCUUCAUGAUGGAGAUGGAGAGAUGGACGAGGAUGAAGAGGAGGAAGAUGAGGAGGAGGAGGAAGAAGAGGAAUCGAGUGAUGCGGGAGAGUAUUUCCCCUGGGGCAGGGAGCUUCAGUCAGGUCUUUGGUUGGAAAAUCUCGCAAAUGAAGAGGAUACGGGUGUAUUUAAAGCUAGGAACCUGCAAAUCCAGCAAGCCAUACAUCCAGUAGACCCUCUGGACAACAACUGGACAUCUAAACAAGCUGAAGGGCUGGUUGAGGGCCCCUUGCUGUCACCCUUAGGCUCUCAGCCCUCACUGAACAACACCCAGCUCACACAGCCCACCUCCUCCACAGCCCCCUCCCACAAAUCCAUGCGUCAUGAGGCUGUCAGAGCCUGGUUGGACUCGAUGUCUGGAGAGCACUGUGAAGAGGAUGAUGACCCAGAAGCAGAAGCAGGCAGUCCUGACUUUGAGCCAGGCACUGAAAUAGAUCAAGAGGACAUUCCCUCAGACGCAGAGGCUGAAGCUCGCUCACAUUGCAUAGAUGAAGUGGUGAUGCUUCCAGUGAAUAAUGGCAAAGCAGAGAGCCAUGGACAUGUUUCCAACACUGAGAAAACAUCUGCAAAUCCAAGGGAAUUUCUUGUGGACUUUGUGCUGUCUCCAAUCCAAAAACCUGCUUUACCCAUUGAAGAGGUGAAAGACAUUUCUCCUGUAAUACUAGUUAAAUCUCCUGGUGCACGUUUUUUCCCUGAGCCCUAUCUAUUUGAUAAUGUCAAACCGAACAUUCCCCCGUCUCAGAGUCCUGAUGCUAAAAGUCCCCAUUCAUCGGCUGCUCAAAUUGUUGCGCUAUCGCCCAUCUGCUCCCAACCUGUUCCACAACCACAAACAACAUCUCUUAAAUCUCCUGUCCAGCCUGAGCCUUGUGCCUGCUCUCCAACAAGUAAUCCUUUGUCUCCAAUAUGUACCCAAUCACAACCCUGCAACGAGCCACCCUCACCCCUCUCCACAAGCUCCCCUGUCAGGACUCAGCCAGUCCCAGCUGUCACUUCCACUCCUUUGGCUAAACCUGCUUCUGAGAAGAGAACCAAUGAACCCUUGAAAGAUUCAGUGCCUGAGGAAACCCCCGUCAAGAAAACGGACCUCAUUGAGGAGUUCUGGUUGAAGAGUGCAGAGAUCCGAAAGAGUUUAGGACUCUCUCCUCUGGAUCGAAGCAAAGCAUCAGUGGAAACUCCAACGCCUGAAUCAUCAUCUCCAAAGUCUUACACCCCAGAGGACUUCUCUGAAGAGCAGAAGCCUACUUUCACAGGCCGUUCUAUCAUACGCAGGAUCAACAUUACCUUGGAGGGUCAGGUUAUAUCUCCGGUGGAACCUAAGAGUAAUGGUUCUGAGAAGAAGGACUUGAGCAGCAGUUCAGGGUUGGGUCUUAAUGGAAGCGUGACUACCAGUCAGACAGUAGCUAGUGACAGCUACAACAACUCUGAUUCUACCAUGCUUACCCCUCCUUCCAGUCCCCCACCACCUCCACCUAAUGAGGAGCCAGCUUCUUUCCAAAACAAAAGGCCUCAGGUGUCCUGGGACAACCUUCUUGAAGCCACAGAGGAGCCUAAACCUGAGACUACACCCCCUAAACCUAAGACUCCAAUUAGUCCUCCUCAACCAAAACCAGUUGUGGCUCCAGUUCCAGACCCUGGAACUAACCCUCCUGUUGUUAUGAGGGUAAAGGACCCAAAUAAACCACGCCGUGAAGUGAGAAAGUCUUUUGUGGAGUGUGUAGACGAGAUACCAUUUGCUGACGACGUUGAAGACACAUACGAUGACCGCACUCCGGACACAAGUGGUCUGGAAAAAUUUUACACCCCGCCAACCAGCAAGGUCAACCGUGAGAAGCCGCCUUUACACCUGGCACUGGCAAUGGAAAAUGGCAAGCCCAACAUACCUGGUGGAGUUUCCCGGACAGCAAAGGGUCCCCAACAUUUUUCUCCUGAAGCCAAGGAGAUUGCAGAAGAGCGAAUGCGGGCAAGGGAAAAGUCUGUGAGGAGCCAAGCUCUGAAAGACGCCAUGUCCAAGCAGCUUACUAAGAUGAAAGAAUCAGAUGCUGCCAAGGGUGCUGUGGCAAAAGUAGCCUGGAAUGUUCCUGAGACAACAGGGAAAAACAAAAAGCAAUCAAACACACACAAGGACUCUGCAGUGAAGGCUUUGGAGUCCAAAAAGCAGACAGACACACUACCUGACCGUUUCUUCACCACAUCGACCAAUAAGACCUUGGACAGUUCCGUCACAUCUUCAGAAAGCUCAACAGGGGGCAAAAGCAAGAAGCGCAGCUCACUGUUUUCUCCACGCAAGAACAAAAAAGAAAAGAAAGCCAAAAAUGAAAGGCUCUCUGGCACAGAAGAGACUCCACCCAAACACAAGUCCCUGUGGAAGGCGGUGUUCUCUGGCUACAAGAAGGACAAAAAUAAAAAAGACAACAAGUCAUGCCCAAGCACACCCUCCAGCUCUACAACUGAAGACUCAGGGAAGAAGAAAGAAUCACCACUGGACAGGUCCUCAGAUUUACGUCUGAGGAGAAAUCUCAGCUUUUCUGAGGACUCUGAUCUCUCUUUUGAUGAUGUACUGGAAAGAUCCUCUCAGAAGUCCAAGGGUGAUCGCCAUGUGGACCUGUUUGACUUGGUAUCAGAUUUGAAUAAAGAGGCAUUUAAAGAGGAGAAAUCCAAAGAGAAGGAUAAGGACAGGGCAAAGGAAAAAGGAAAAAGAGUAACAGAGAAGGGCAAGGAAAGGUCAAAAGAGAGGGAGAAUGAAAGAAGAGUCAAAGAAAAGAUUGUGAAAAUGAAGGAUGUGGAACAGGAGAAAGGAAAAGAGGAAGAGUCUGUUUAUGUACCUCAUGCAUUGGCGUUCAAGAGAUCGUAUGCCACAAAGAAAACAUACACGGAGGAGGAACUCAAUGCCAAGUUAACAAGAAGAGUACAGAAAGCUGCACGGAGGCAGGCCAAGCAAGAGGAGCUCAAGAGACUCCACAGAGCCCAGAUCAUCCAGAGGCAGCUAGAGCAGGUGGAAGAGAAACAGAGGCAGUUAGAGGAGAGAGGUGUCGCUGUGGAAAAGGCGUUGCGAGGGGAAGCAGUUGAGCCCUAUGUCGGGACCCCUCGCCGAAGAGCCCUGUACCUCUGCCCCUGCUGUGCCCCUGAAGGAAUGGGUAAAAAGGACGAUCCAAAGCUGAUGCAGGAAUGGUUUAAACUGGUGCAGGAGAAGAAUGCCUUGGUGCGCUAUGAAUCGGAGCUGAUGAUAUUUGCUCGUGAGCUGGAGUUGGAGGACAGACAGAGUCGACUGCAGCAGGAACUGCGAGAACGCAUGGCAGUGGAUGACCAUCUGAAGACCGAGGAGGAACUUGCAGAGGAGAAACAGAUUCUGAAUGAAAUGUUAGAGGUAGUCGAGCAAAGAGAUUCUCUGGUGGCCCUGCUGGAGGAGCAGAGACUCAGGGAGAAAGAAGAGGAUAAAGACCUGGAGUCGGUGAUGCUCUCUAAGGGAUUCAAUCUCAACUGGGCUUAGCAUAACAAUGGCGAAACGGUUCAGACCGCCAGCGAUUCCCAGUUUCACCGCAGGGAGUGUAAAAAAUUGCAGAAAGAACCGUUCUGUCUCUCCCCUCGUUUAUUCGGCAUGUCAAGAACGUUUACAAAACCGCUCAUGAGCACGAUGAUGAUGUUUACGAGUACGACUCGGGGCGUUUUGUCCCUCGGCAGCCAAGGCAUUGGUUCUGUGCAAGACGUUCUCUCAUUAAGAAUUAUUUAUUUUUAUUUUUUUGGUCUUGAAAAGGGACAUAUCAAUCCUGCUGAUGUUGAGGAAGUCUGAGACUAAUGAUCUUACUAAAAGCCCGUCUUGUUUUUCAGAGAAUGUCUGGUCAAUCAGCUGUUACGUUUUCAUGGACAAAAUGUGUUUGGAUAAACGUAUAAGCAUCAUACCUCCAAGCAACAGAUGACUGAACUCUUUAUAGGUGUGGUUCACAGAUAAGCAUGUGACAGACUUCUGUAAUUGUCACAGCAGACAUCCUCAGCGACCGACACGUUGUGUUUGUAGCAUCAAUAAUUGCACAAUUUUCAAAUCUGUCAGUAGCCACCUGAUAUUAGAGAUAUUGGUGUAUGCAGGGAGCGCAACGAUCUCGAUGUUACGUACUUCACUGAUGUUGGUUUCCAUUUGUCUUGAGUGGCGUUACUGCACAUAUAUCCUAAAAUCAGUUUACAAUCAUUUAUAAUCCAUGAAUAUCUGAUACUUGUAUUAUAGUUUACAUAAAGCAGUGGAGUAUAUAUUAGUAUGUAAACUUCCUCAAUGCAGAUAGAUUAUCUAUAUACACACAAUAUGCAUUGAUAUACAAUCAAAUGCGUUAUGCGUUUGUUGGUUGGUCAGUGGUUUCGUGAACAGUUAAGGCACCCACUGCUUUUCUGACUUUGUUUAGUAUCAAAUCAGAUGAAGAAUUGGCGCCCAUUUUCACAUUUAAUUAUCUGCCACCAUGGUUUGGUGUCAUAUUCCACUUUCUCCAGGUUUAGAGCAACAUGCCUUUUUUUAACUUCUCAUGCAACAGCUUUUCACAUCCACAGAGUUUUCUUAUGUUUGCAGAGUGUGUUAUUUAUAAUUGUCUUUGUAAAGUUUUAUACCACAUGAAAACGUUCCAGCACUGUCGACAGACACCGGUGCUGAUUAACAGCGGGGGGCACGUAGUCAUGCUCGCAACAUCGAUAUUGCAAGUGAACAUGCCUUUUUCCUAAGUGUACAUUUCAUUUUAGUCACCGUUAUGCUGUAUAGAUGGGCACAGAUUUGUUUUCUUUUACUGUAAGUACAGAUAACUGUGAAUGAAAACGUACACUUGGUCAAAGAGUUAUUUAGACUAAAAUGUUUGACAGAUUUUACGGUAUUUAUUAACGUGUGAAAGAAUGUAUUAUAUGUAAAGUAAAUGAAUCCUAAUUUUUAAAAAUAUGUUGGUUCUUGAAAAUGCUUCAUGUUGCUAAUUUGCAUAUUGGGUAUUGGAUGUAUGCAGAGGCAAUAAAACAAUGCAGUUGUUACAAAUGACUCUACAGUGCUUGAAAGUCUUUUUGCCGUUUAACUUCUUAAU